UUGAGCGACCUUGCUCUCCCCAUCGGCUUUCACCUUUUACGACAGUUUUCCGGCCUGGUUCGCGGUCGCGCCGGCCGUGUUUCCCUAGGCGCCAGUGUUUGGACAUUUCGUCCUUCCUGGCGGUGGCUGCCUUACUUUCUGGUAGAGGCGUGGAGUGGGUGGCCGCGGGCUCUGGAGUGGGAUGAACCGUGCACUCGGCGGAGGCAGCGGAACCGAGCAGGAGCCAUGGCCAGUACAGUGGUAGCAGUUGGACUGACCAUUGCUGCUGCAGGAUUUGCAGGCCGUUAUGCUUUGCAAGCCUUGAAGCAUAUGGAGCCUCAAGUCAAACAAGUUUUUCAAAGUCUACCAAAAUCUGCCUUCAGUGGUGGCUAUUACAGAGGUGGGUUUGAACCCAAAAUGACAAAACGGGAAGCAGCAUUAAUACUAGGUGUAAGCCCUACUGCCAAUAAAGGAAAGAUAAGAGAUGCUCAUCGACGAAUUAUGCUUUUAAAUCACCCAGACAAGGGAGGAUCUCCUUAUAUAGCAGCCAAAAUCAAUGAAGCUAAAGAUUUACUAGAAGGUCAAGCUAAAAAGUGAAGUAAAUAUAUGAUGAAUUUUAAAGUUCUUAUCAGUUAUGUGUACAAGUACCAGCUUUUUAUAAAAUGUCCCAAAGCUACAAAUUUUAGAAAUGAUUUAGCACAAAUUAAGUCGAACCCUUGUAUCAGUUUGUUUAAAUGUGAGGAUUUUGUCAUAAUAUAAAAGUUACAGAUUACUGCUCAGUAAUUAUGGGCAAAUACAUACCAUUUGAAUAGAAAUAUUUUUCACUAAUCAUUUAGCAAGUCAUUUAAUACUUACUCAAGGCAAAGUGAACAUGAAGGUCCCUGCUCUCAAGGAAGUCCAAUCUAAUGGGAGACUGAUAAUCUAGUAAUUAAAAUUCAAUGUGAUAAAUACUAUGAUGGAAAUUAGCAGAGGUUACAGGAGACUCAUCUCAUUGGGAAGAAAGGUUGUCAAGGUACAGAGAGCUGGCUCAGUGGCUUGGAGCUGUGAAUUUAAAAAUUUAGCCACAAUUUGACCUAAAAAAAAUUCAUGUAGGUAUGCAUAUGUCACUGACAGGAUUCAGAUUUCAUACAUUAAAAACUUGAUUAAAAAAGA